AUGGUGUGGCAGUCAUCGUCCAGGGUGCGACGACAUAGACUGCACAUGUGGGCCACGUUGGUGUACUGGAUGAGCAAGGUGGCCGGGGUUUUGGUGUUAGCCGAGAAGACCGAGGGUCACCGCGAGUUUACGGCGGCCGCGGCGUCAGCCGGCCGUUGGCGGUGGGCCGGUGCCCGUGCAUGGAACGUGGUCUGCCUAGCGGCCGUGGUGCAUCGGAUCGCCGUGGAAACGUGGCCCGUCACGGUGCAGGCCAUCACGCACCUACCACAGGCCUCGUGCUACGAUACCGUGUGCGGCGGAGUGUGGUGCGUGUAUGCGUGCGUGUACUAUGCGGUCGCCUGGCUCGACAGAGUAUCGGAGAUCUGCGCGUUGACAGCGGCUGUCACGUGGCGCCAACUGUCCACGGCGGAAUGCUUGAAUUCAGCCUCAGCCGGUUGCUUGGAUGACGACGACGACGAUGACGGCCACCCUGCUAGGAGACCGUCGGCGUUCAACAUACCAUGGCACGCGUAUCUCAUCGUGGCGUUUCCAGUUGCUCAAUUUGCGAUGGCCGUGAACGUGAUAUCGCUCACUCAUAACGGCGUGUGGCGCGCUGUUAUGGCUGCCGUGGCCGCAGCGGCCAGUUGCGCGCCUGUUGCGGCACACGGCACCGCGGCCGCCCUGCUAGUUAUGGCCAACAACAGAAUGCGAUCCAUAAAUUGCCAGAUAACUCACCUGUUGCCGGUUGGACGGCUACGUCGAGUGCGAUCCUCCGGCGACAAUCUUGACGCCAAUGAUACCAACAUCGACGAGAACUGUCGCCAACGAGAUGUCAUCGCGCAGCUGGCUCGCAGACACUGGCAAAUCACUGGGCUGGUGACGGGUGGCGUGUGUGGCGCUUACGGUGUAGACCUCAUGGCGGCCGUCCUGUUGGCCGCCGUCCGCGUCACGUACGUUGCCAUAUCCGUGUUCCACCGCCUGACCGACGACUCAGAUGCGCGGACCAACAUGUCGCUGGCCGUCGUCGUGCAAUUGAUAGCUUGGUUCGGCCAGUUUGCUUACUUGGCGUAUACAUGCGACGAUCUGGCCGCUCAAGUAUUUAAUACGCUAAUAUUCUAA